UCUCCGCUUUCCCCUGAUUUCCACCGAGCAAAAGAGGUUCCCGCACGAGCGCUGCUGGGGUUUUGUUUCCCUCUCCGGCUACCAAACGUUUCCCGCAUUUGUUUUUAAUAAACAGGCUCUACAUUUUUCUCUGUGGAGGAAAGUUGGGAAGGGAAUGAGCAGCAGGGGAAAUCUACCGUGACUUUUUUUCGGAGGAGAAAGUGGCCCCCCGGUGCCAACAGGGCAGAUAGUUGGUGCCGCUGUCUGUCUGUCUGCAGCGUAGCGGAUCAUCACUGGGGAGAAAAGCUAGCUUACUUCUUCUGUAUGUCGCCUCGGAAAUAACACCACAGCGCCAAGAUGGACCUGAAGCUGCUUUUGGUAUCCACAUUGUUAGGAGUCUUUUGUUUCAGUAAUGCUCAGAAAGAGGGGAACGAGUGCAUCAAUGCCAACGCCAAAUACUGCGGGGAGUGCAUCCAGGCUGGAGCCAAAUGUGGCUGGUGCAAAGACCCGGACUUCCUGAAACAGGGUGAGACCGUGUCGACCCGCUGUGACGAGCUGCAGUCCCUGAUAAAAAGGGGCUGUGAUGAUGCAAUGAUAGAGAACCCUCGCGGGGAUCAGAAGACCCUGAUGAACACACCGGUGACAAACCGUGGAAAGGGAGUCGGGAAACAAAAGUCCAAAGCGAGACUGAAACUGAAGCCAGAGGAGAUCACUCAGAUCCAGCCACAGAAACUCAGCCUCACCCUCCGAUCCGGUGAGCCCCAGUCCUUUGACUUGAAGUUCAAACGAGCGGAGGAUUACCCCAUCGACCUGUACUACUUGAUGGACCUGUCCUACUCCAUGAAGGACGAUCUGGAGAACGUCAAGAACCUGGGAACCAGUCUAAUGCUGGAGAUGUCAAAGAUCACUUCGGACUUCAGGAUAGGUUUCGGUUCCUUUGUGGAGAAGACGGUCAUGCCAUACAUCAGCACCACCCCGGCCAAGCUGCUGAACCCAUGCACGGGCGACCAGAACUGCACCAGCCCGUUCAGCUACAAGAACGUGCUGAAGCUCACCAGCGACGGCAACAGGUUCAACACCCUGGUGGGCAAGCAGCACAUCUCUGGAAACCUGGACUCUCCUGAGGGCGGGUUCGAUGCCAUCAUGCAGGUUGCUGUGUGUGGGGACCACAUUGGGUGGAGGAAUGUGACUCGCCUGCUGGUGUUCUCCACCGACGCUGGCUUCCACUUUGCUGGCGAUGGGAAACUGGGUGGCAUCGUCCUGCCCAAUGACGGAAAAUGUCACUUGGAGAAUAAUAUUUAUACCAUGAGCCACUACUAUGACUAUCCCUCCAUUGCUCACCUGGUUCAGAAGCUGAGCGACAACAACAUUCAGACCAUCUUCGCAGUCACAAAGGACUUCCAGCCUGUUUAUAAAGAGCUGAAAAAUCUGAUACCAAAAUCUGCAGUGGGUACUUUAUCUGCCAACUCCAGCAAUGUCAUCAACCUCAUUAUAGACGCCUACAAUUCGCUGUCCUCCGAGGUCAUUCUGGAGAAUAGCAAGCUUCCAGAGGGAGUGACCAUAGCUUACACAUCGCACUGUAAGAACGGAGUGGUUAAUGAGGGGGAAAAUGGACGGAAGUGCUCCAACAUCUCCAUCGGAGAUCAGGUCAUGUUUAACAUCAGUGUGACAUCUAAGGGCUGUCCCAAGCAAGACAAGCCUGAAACCAUCAAGAUCAAGCCCCUGGGAUUCACAGAGGAGGUGGAGAUCAUCCUCAACUUCAUCUGUGAGUGUGAAUGCAACAAGGACGGCAUCAAGGACAGUCCAGACUGCCACUUCGGUAACGGGACCUACGAGUGUGGAGCCUGCAAGUGUAAUGACGGGCGCGUGGGCAGACAGUGUGAGUGCAGCAGCAACGAUGUGGCCACAGAGGACAUGGACCGGACCUGUAGAAAAGACAACGGCACCGACAUCUGCAGCAACAACGGAGACUGUGUGUGCGGCACGUGUGAGUGCAAAAAGAGAGAUAACCCCGAGGAGAGGUACAGCGGCCAGUACUGCGACUGUGACAACUUCAACUGUGACCGCUCUGGAAACAAGCUGUGUGGAGGGCAUGGACGCUGUGAGUGCAGAGUGUGUGUCUGUGACCCCAUGUGGAACGGAAGUGCCUGUGAUUGUUCCCUGGACAACAGCACGUGUAUGGCCAGCAACAAGCAGCUCUGUAACGGCAGAGGAACGUGUGAAUGUGGAACCUGCAAGUGCACUGAUCCCAAAUUCCAGGGUCCCACCUGUGAAACUUGUCCUACCUGUCCAGGGGUCUGCACUGAACACAAAGAGUGCGUCCAGUGCCGGGCGUUUGGUACAGGUGAGAAGAAGGAAACAUGUGAGAGGGACUGCAGCUACUUCAACCUGAUCAAGGUGAAGGACAGGGACAAGCUGCCCCAGCCCAAUGACGCCACCUACCCUGUGAUGCACUGCAAGGAGAGGGACGCCAACGACUGCUGGUUCUACUACACCUACGCCGUCAACAACAACACGCAGAAGGAGGUGCAUGUGGUGGACGCGCUGGACUGCCCCGCCGGGCCUGACAUCAUCCCCAUCGUGGCGGGCGUGGUCGCCGGCAUCGUCCUGAUUGGCUUAGCCCUGCUGCUCAUCUGGAAGCUGCUCAUGAUCAUCCACGACAGGAGAGAGUUUGCCAAGUUCGAGAAGGAGAAGAUGAACGCCAAAUGGGAUACGCAAGACAACCCAAUAUACAAGAGUCCUAUCAAUCAGUUCCAGAAUCCAAGCUAUGGACGUAAAGCUGCUGUCCUUUAAGGUGAAAAUCCCAUCUACAAAAGCGCUGUCACGACUGUGGUCAAUCCAAAAUAUGAAGGAAAAUAAUGGCAUCACAGCUUUUAAGAACUCUGCUAUCAAGUAUCCGACAACUGCAGUAUUUACCGCAGGUCUGGGGAGGAACCUGUGGUUGAGUUUCUGUCAUUUCUUUUUGUUGCUUCACCUUUAUAAUGUACCCAGCAGCCACUGCAUCUGUAUUUUUACUAACACCUAUGAUUUAUAUGCAUUUGUGAUAUUUUAGAUGUACAGUAUACAGUAUGUGUAUAUACUUUUAAGUUGCAUAUUUGCAAUAAACAAUGACAUGGUGUUUUGUUCCUGCCACAGGACUGGUAAUGGCAGAGGAUUAUUUUUUAACAGCACAAUGUGGACACUAUGGAUAUUCAGUUAUUCUGCAGCUUCUGUCUCGUUCUCACAGACUUCUCUGUCUCUUUGUCUCUCUGUGCACUGACUUCCUGUGUGUCUCUGUGUGUCAGACAGGACCUGAGUUAAAUAUGUAAAUUGUUAGCCAUAGCAGCACAUAAUGUCAAUGUGUUUGUGUAUAUAUAGAAAUCAACUGAAAUGUUAAGUAUUGAAUAAUAUUUCACAUUCAACUUAAAUUUGACCGUUCUAUUGAAACACAGUAGGCAAUGCGGUGGUUGUAAAUGUAGUUUUGAGCUGCAGCUUCACAUUUUGUUGCACUCUUUGUGAGUAUUGUUCUGAAGGAGUAAAUAAAUACACAAUAUGAAGAAUUGUUGUUAUCACAAAGGGACUGUAUACCACUUGUUGAAAUGAUGAUAUUGUGGCAGUGUCGAACGAUCCACAGAUUUGUAUAGUUAUGAUACAAGUUUAACGUUGAACAUUGUUUUACUUGCUUACUGCAUUAACUGUAUUACUCUUUCUCAGGUCCUUUCCUGUGUUCUUGUCAAGUACGCCAAAAAUAUGUUUUAUGUUGGCUUGUUUUCGUAGACCGGUGAACUCAUAUGUGAGUCAAUUCUGUCAAUUUUUAGAUCGUAUGACUGAAACAGAGUGUUUUCUGUUCCGACGUCACAUGAAUCACCUAUGGAUUUACUUUCACCUCCCAAUGCCUAUGAAGUACCACAGACAAGCCUUUACAGUAUUGUUUUCAAAGUGCCUUUUAUUUCAAUACCUUGUUCUCUCCCAAUGCUGUUUGAGUUAUUUAUUAAAUAAAGUUUAAAAAAUGUU